UUUAAAAGCCUCUACCAACGAUUUUUCCGCAGCGCCUCGGAGCGCCGCUUGAGCCUUAACGCGGCGCGUUCGGAUUCAUCGCUUUUGUCAUCCUGUUUUACCUUUCAGGAUAAUAAGUGGCCCUGUUAUUUAUAGUGCAGAAGAUGCUUGAGUUACUCAAAAGAUCACCAGGGUACGCUACUGCCAAAAUAAACUUGUAUUUCAGUACAGCUGGCAAUGUGACGCCAAGCACACGCACAUUUUUGAUUUUUUCAUUGCUUUCUCUGUUUUCUAUACAUACAUUUAGUUGUUUCUGAGUGCUUAACAAGAUGAGUAAUAAAAGAAAAAUAUAUAAGGAGAAGAAAGGCUCAAUGGGGAGUGCUAACGAUUCGAAGAGACCGAGAAUUUCAAAGCGGCGACCGUUGAACCGUUACGAAUUGGAGAUGCCGGAUCUCGAGAAGGCUGGCACAUCGGCUCGCAAAUUAUCAGAAAUAGAUCUUGAAGAAUUUGAAGUAGAAGAAGGAUUUGGAUACCGAAUUUUAAACUUUUUAGCCGUUUUCUCCGCUAUAUCGCAAGCUGUUGUCUGUAAAAAAUGCAAAUCUGAAGUGACAUUCACCGAAUCUGCAAAGCGUGGCUUGGGUUUUAAAAUUGUGAUUUCGUGUCAAAAAUGUGACAAAAUUUAUAUUCCUAGUUCUCCAUUUAUUGAAAAAGGAUACGAGAUUAAUCGUCGAAUUGUACUUGCUAUGCGGCUACUCGGAGUAGGACUAAAUGGAAUAAUGAAAUUUUGCGCGUUUAUGGAUCUCCCGCGACCAAUUUUUCAAUCAUUCUACGACAGAGUCGUUAAAAGAAUCGCUAUUGGAGCAGAGGCGGUUUGUCAGCUCAGUAUGAAAACUGCAGCUCAGGAAGAGAAGAAAAAAAGUGAUGAGAAAGAGAAUACAGAUGGUAUUACUGUAUCUGGUGAUGGUUCGUGGAGAAAGCGGGGUUUUUCGUCACUUUUCGGAUUCGUAUCGCUUAUUGGAUGGCUUAGCGGCAAAGUGGUUGAUGUUGUUAUAAAAUCAAAAUAUUGUAAAUCUUGUGAAUUUUGGGAGAAACAAGAAGACACUGAGAAGUACAAGGAAUGGAUCGAAACGCAUGAAAACGAAUGCCAAGCUAACCACGAGGGCUCCGCCGGAAAGAUGGAGGUGGACGCCGUCAUAGAAAUGUUCCAGCGCUCAAAUUCUUUGCACAAUUUAAAAUAUGCAAAUUACGUGGGGGACGGAGAUUCUAAAACUUUUAAAGGUAUCAUGGAUUCAGAGCCUUAUGCUGAUUUCACAGUUAUGAAGAAAGAGUGCAUCGACCACGUACAAAAGCGAAUGGGUACUCGCCUUCGCAAUUUAAAAAAAAAUACAAAAGGACUCGGAGGAAAAGGCAAGUUGACAGGUAAAUUGAUCGACGAGUUGUCAAUUUAUUAUGGAUUAGCUAUACGCCGCAAUCAUGAUUCCGUAGAAAAAAAUGCGGAAUGAAAUUUAUGCGACGCUAUUCCAUAAAAUAUCAACCGACGAAAAACCGCAGCACGAAAAAUGCCCGUCCGGAGAAAAUUCGUGGUGUUCAUGGCAAAAAGCACAGGCCAUUGGUAAUGUCGAUUACAAGCAUAAACCACCUCUCUCGACUUCAGUUUUUGAAGCAAUUUUACCAAUUUAUAAAGAAUUAAGCAGCGACGAUCUGCUUACUCGUUGCAUCGGCGGCUAUACUCAAAAUAGCAACGAGAGUUUCAAUUCGACAGUUUGGUCAAUGGCUCCGAAAUCGACCUCCAGUGGCAAGCAUGUGCUUGAUACUGCCAUAUAUAUCGCUGUAGGUAUAUAUAAUGAUGGCCUAUCAAGUGUUAUGAGGCUCAUGCAAAAUUUAGGCAUGAAAAUUGGGACGAAUUGCUACAAUUUCUGCGUCGAAACGGACGAGCGCCGCAUCAAGUAUUCGGAGCGAUCGCUGACUAAUGCUGCAAAAGAGGCCCGAUUGCUUUUAAAAUCAUCCAGGAAGGAAGAAGAAGAGGCGAGUAUUAAUCUGGAUGGCCAAAUGUAUGGUGCAGGCAUCGCUGAUUAAAGGUCUUAUAGUUCACGAGAAAUUGGUUCGCUAAUGGAAGCGUUUUUUAAAAACGUCAUUUUGAAGAUUGUCUCUCUCGUCGCCAUUUUGUA